UGACGUCAUCACCCGUGCAGCGUGAAAUGUAGGAUUGAGAACUGUUAAACGUGAAGACACGUUACAAGACAAGAAGAAAGCAAACAUGUCUAAAAUUGACAAGAUGAGCAUCCUGGGGGUGCGAAGCUUUGGAAUUGAAGACAAAGACAAACAAGUAAUCGAGUUCUUUACUCCCCUUACGGUUCUGGUUGGUUCCAACGGAGCAGGCAAAACGACCAUAAUUGAGUGCCUCAGGUAUGCAACUUCAGGAGAACUUCCCCCAGGUUCUAAAGGAGUUGCUUUUGUCCAUGACCCAAAGGAGGCCCACGAAACAGACGUGCGGGCGCAGAUUCGACUUCUGUUCUCUGAUGUCAACGGAGACCAAAUUGCCAUCCAACGUUCCAUGUCGUGUACCCAGAAGACGAAGAAUUACUCCUUUAAAAGCUUAGAGCAGGUUAUUACUCGGAUAAAGGAUGGUGAAAAGGUGAGCUUGUCAUCCAAGUGUGGCGAGUUAGACCGCGAGAUGAUUUCUGCACUCGGCGUUUCCAAGGCCGUGUUGAAUAACGUCAUAUUCUGCCAUCAAGAGGAUUCCAACUGGCCACUUAGUGAGGGCAAGGCACUCAAAGAAAAAUUUGAUUCCAUCUUUGCUGCAACCAAGUACAUCAAAGCUCUGGAGACGAUGCGUCAGUUGCGUCUCAAGCAGAGCAGCACCGUGAAAGAGUGCCAGGUGGAGUUGCACUUUUUGAAGCAGAACAAAGAGAAGGCCCAGCAGAUUAGAGAGACUGUCGCCUACAAAGAAGAUCAACUGAUGGCCUCCAGGGACCGUGUCCGGAUGCUGGAAAGCCAAAUCGAGCCACUGGAGAAUCAGUUGGCAGACAUCGACUUGAAACUGGGCAAGGUGUUGAAGCUGGACAAUGAUAUUAAGGUCUUGGACAGCAGGAAGAAACAGAUGGAGGAGGACAACAAGGAGCUCGAGGAAACAAUGGAAAAGGUGUUCCAGGGUUCGACCGAGCACCUGCAAGAGGCUUACCUGAACCACCAGAGAACCGUAAGGGAGAAGGAAAGUAGGCUGAAAGACUGCCAGAAGCAACUGGAGCAAGCCGACAGGGAGUGUCAGAGACUCAACAGACAAAAGUCUGAGCUCCUAGUGGAACAAGGACGUCUCCAAGUCGAGUCUGACUGCCACACACAAAACAUCAAGAACCGUGACACUCAGGUCCGCUUAUUGUCGUCCCAACUGGAGAUGGAAGGCUACGACCGGCCGCCCUUCACGACUCUUCAGCUCGAGAGCUUCCAUCGUCAUGUCACUCAGAGACUGGAUCAGGAAAAAAUGAAAGUUGCUCAGGUUAUGGCGGACCUGCAGGAAAAGGAGCAGCGGAAACAACAGUCAAUUGACGAUAUCAGGGAUAAGAAGACGGGUCUGGAGAGAAUCAUCGAACUGAAAAAAGACAUGCAGCUAAAGAAGCAGCUUGAGCUCCAGAAUGUCCACACUGAGCUGCAGAGGCUUGAAGCUUCGUCCGGCAGAAUGCACGAGCUGGAAAGCGAGCUGGCCAAAGCGGAACAUGAGCUGCAGAGUGCCCUCGAGACGUCCAACGUGGAGGGGCUGAAGGUCGAGGUUGUGGCGCUCCAGAGAGAAAAGGCAGAGCUCGACCGCACACAGAGGCAGCUGGACCAAGAGAUGGCCGUGCUCAACAUGCACACAACAGCACGUACUCAAAUGGACAUGUUGACUAAGGACAAGAAAGCGAAAGAGGAGCAAGUACGCAAGAUCAAGUCACGUCAUAGUGAUGAACUGGUGGCACUGCUGGGCCACUUUCCCAACAAAAGAGAACUGGAGGACUGGCUUUACGCUAAGUCAAAGGAAAUGAACAGAACCAGGGACAAACUGGCCAAACUCAAUAAGGACCUGGCAUCCAGCGAGCAGAACAAGAGCCACAUUGCUGCUGAGCUACGUAAAAAGGAGCAGCAGUUGACAAAUGAUGAAGAAAAGUUCUUCAACGUCUGCGGCAGUCAAGAUCUGGAGCAGGACCUCAGCAAAUUGCAAGAGGACCUGGAAAAGAUUUCCAAACAAAGAGCCAUGCUUGCUGGAGCCACUGCCGUCUACACACAGUUUAUCAGCCAGCUGACCGAGGAGAGGGAGCCCUGCUGCCCCGUCUGCCAGCGGACGUUCCCGUCCGAGCCCGACUUACAAGAGGUCAUCGGCGACAUGCAGUCCAAAUUGCGUCUGGUUCCAGACAAGCUGAAGAACACCGAGCAGGACCUGAAGAGGAAGGAAAGAAGGAGAGAUGAGAUGGUGACACUCAGACCAGUCAGGCAGUCCAUUGUGCAGUUACAGGAGAAUGAGUUGCCUGAGCUGCGAAAUCGACUGCAGAGUGUGAACAGAGAUAUUGAGAGGCUGAAAAAAGAUGUGGAGGAACAGGAGACUCUGCUUGCGGCUCUGAUGUCAGAGGAGGAAACCGUCAAGGCCUGUCAGCAGGACAUCGCUCUGAUGGACAGAUUCCUGAUGGAUCUAAAAGAAGCGGAGGUGAGAAUAGCUCAGAACGCCGCUAAACUCCAGGGAGUAGACUUGACCAGAACCGUCCAGCAAGUCAGUCAGGAGAAGCAGGAGACUCAGCUCAAAUUAGACACCGCAUCCAGCAGGAUGGAUCUGAAACGCAAGCUGAUCCAAGACCAGCAGGAUCGGAUUCAGACGCUGAAGAGUUGUGUGAACGAGACCAAAGCGGAGAAACUCCAACUGAGCAGCGACAUGCAGAAGCAGCAGCAGCUGGAGGAGCAGCGUGCUGAUUUCUCCGCUGAGAAUCAGGCCUUAACCAGGGACAUCCGGGAAGCGAAGGAGCAGCUGUCUCCGCUGAUCUCCACGUUGCAUAAGAUGCAACAGGAAAAAGAGGAGAUGAUGGGACAGAGAAGGCACAAGCAGGAGGAAGGACAGGAAAAGAUCAACACCAUCAAAGAGAAAAUAAAGACCAUCUCCGACGUGGAAGGGCACAUCCGCAAGUAUAUUGAAGAGGGCAAACAUGAACACCAGGAGAAAAAAGAAUCUCAACUUCAAGAAACCAACACGCUGCUCCAUGCGGCUGAACGUCACAAAGAGAAGAUCAGCAAAGAGAAAGAAAACAUCCGUCAGGACAUCGACACUCAAAAUGUGCAAGAGCGCUGGUUACAGGACAACCUGACCCUAAGAAAGCGUGUUGAAGAGCUAAGAGAGCUUGUGGUUAAGCGGGAGGCCUUUUGCAAACAAAUAGGCAACAUGCAAGUGACACAGCUGCGCCAAGAACAACGUGAAGCCGAACGCAAGUUGGAGGAGCUGAAGAAUAACCGCAGCACUGCGUUGGGUCGCCAGAAAGGCUUCGAGGAUGAGUUGCUGCAUCACAAAAAAGAGUUGCGAGAAGACCAGUACGAUAAAGCGGACGAGCGCCACAAAAACAAGAUGAUCACAAUGCGUACGACCGAGCUGGCCAUCGAAGACCUGAAACUCUACUACAAAGCCCUCGAUCAAGCCAUCAUGAAGUUCCACAGCAUGAAGAUGGAUGAAAUCAACAAACUCAUCAGAGACCUUUGGCGGAGCACCUACCGAGGACAAGAUAUCGAGUAUGUGGAAAUUCGCUCGGACGUGGAUGAGAACACUUCCACUUCCGAAGUGCGACGAAGAGUUUACAACUAUCGAGUAGUCAUGGUAAAAGGAGAUACCAGUUUGGAUAUGAGGGGGCGCUCCAGUGCUGGCCAGAAGGUGUUGGCAUCUCUUAUUAUCCGUCUUGCCUUGGCGGAGACCUUCUGUCUGAAUUGCGGGAUCCUCGCAUUGGAUGAGCCCACCACCAACCUGGACAGAGAAAACAUCGAGUCGCUGGCACACGCCCUUAUCGAAAUCAUCAAGAGCCGCUCCCGCCAGCGCAACUUCCAGCUGCUGAUCAUCACGCACGACGAGGACUUUGUGGAGCUGCUGGGCCGCUCCAGUUACAUCGAACACUUCUACCGCAUCCGCAAGAACCGGGAGCAGAACUCUGAGAUCAUCAAGUGCAGUAUCAGCUCUCUCUCCUCCUAUUUACACUGAGUAUACCGCAACACUUGUACAGUAACUAGUUUCAUCGUUACCGUUUACAGUUGCACUUAUGUUUGUUCAUUAUACAAGAAAAUACCUCAAUAUAAACAGGUUAUUCUAGAAAUCAAAUUUCAAUGUUUUUGAUCGGGUUCAAUUUGGGGUUUUCUGAAUUCACCAAAAACAGAGAAAUGACUUAAGUUUGCAUCUUGACUAUUCAUAUAUAUCAAAGUGUUGUUGAUUGAUGGAAUGGCUUUAGAACGCUGCAUUGUUAGCAGUACCAGUGAGUUGAGUUUCUUGCAUUAAAAAAAACACUUCCUGCAAGCUGCAA